GACUUGGGGAAGAAACAAGCGUUUGUUGGCGUGCCAAAGGCGAACAGCCAUGCACCUGAAUCGGGAGGACGAGGAGGGAAAAGGUUCUUUGUCUCUGUGUGUGUUCCUAGUAUCGUUGGGAUUAACGGUGUGUGUUGUGUGGCUGGUGGCACUAUGCGGGAUCUGUGGAUGGUGCCAACGCAAACUGGGGAUGAGGAAUAAGCCGGGGGUGGAGACAGCGGGGACCCCAGACUCGGUGUCUGUGUCGGGGAGAGGCCGAGGAGAAAAUAAAGCCCUCAAUGAUUUAGACAGGGACUUUUGGAAUAACAACGACAGCAGUUCUGUGCAGCAGCGCUGGAGCUCCUAUCCACCCAAGGAGUUCAUCCUCAACAUGUCCCCCUACACCCCUUAUGGAGACCCUCGCCUCACGCCCAAUGGAUCGCUGGAGAAGGGGGAGGCGGGUGGGGGGGCAGUGGGGGGUCCCAGUCGCAGUGACAGCUGCAUAGGCGCAGGGACCAGCAAGUCCGGGAGGUGGCAAACUGUCCAGAGCCACCUGCACUCCGGCAGCUUGAGACCCAACAAUUUUGGUGACCCCUCUCUUUCCACCACCUCCACUUUGGAGCAUAUCCCGUCCUCAGCAGCCCGCCCCAGGCCCCUGGUCAGGCAGCAAAGCCUCCAGCAGCCCCUAACCCACCAGCCCCCGCCAGGCCCCAACGACCCCCCAGCCACCUCCCAGAGUCUGGGCCAACUGCACACCGGGCCCGUGGGUGCGGGCCACCGGGGGGGCCCGCGGGGGGUGCGUGGUAGCCCGGCUGGGGCAGGGGCGUCCCGCUACAGGUCGGGUGGAGGGGCACGAUCGCGGUCCAAUCCUGGAAGCUUUGACCACGUGAUGGGACAGAUCCGGACCAGAGGCAUGGACGUCAAAUCAUUCCUAGAGGGGAAGAUGGUUGUGCUGUCCCUCGCUAUCGGAUUGGCUGAGCAAGAUGACUUCGCCAACCUUCCAGAUCUACAGGAGGUACCAGCCAACCAGGAAACACCUCCCACUGACAAAAGAUCUAAUAAACCCGGCAGCAGCCCCAAAGGUCAGACCCCAGAUGAGAGCAACCGCCGGACAGACGCGAACUCUUCCGUCUCAGACCUGGCCAACUCCGUCACGAGUGAUCUGGUGAUGUUGUCCCCAGGAUCUGAGGAAGAGGAACACGAAGGACCCGUGUGCGAGAAGUUGGGACGCAUCCAGUUCAGCGUGGGAUACAGUUUUCAGGACUCCACACUAACAGUAAAAAUCCUGAAGGGCCAGGAUCUACCUGCGAAAGACUUUUCUGGAACUUCAGACCCAUUUGUCAAACUCUACCUUCUGCCAGACAAGAAGCACAAACUUGAGACCAAGGUCAAAAGAAAGAACCUCAACCCUCAUUGGAACGAGACAUUCCUAUUUGAAGGGUUCCCAUUUGAGAAGGUGGUGCAACGCACAUUGUACCUGCAAGUGCUAGAUUAUGACCGUUUUAGCAGAAAUGACCCUAUAGGAGAGGUGUCCAUCCCCCUGAACAAGAUGGAUCUGGCCCACAUGCAGACCCUCUGGAAGGAGCUGAAACCCUGCAGCGAUGGAAGUGGGAGUCGAGGAGACCUCCUUUUGUCUCUGUGUUACAAUCCCACUGCCAACACCAUCACUGUGAGCAUCGUCAAGGCACGCAAUCUCAAAGCCAUGGACAUCGGGGGAACAUCCGACCCCUACGUCAAAGUGUGGCUGAUGAACAAGGAUAAACGAGUGGAGAAGAAGAAGACGGUGGUGAUGAAGAGGUGUUUGAACCCAGUAUUUAAUGAGUCCUUCCCCUUCGAUGUCCCCGCUCACGUCCUCAGAGAGACAACCAUCGUCAUCACAGUCAUGGAUAAGGACAGACUGAGCCGCAAUGAUGUCAUAGGCAAGAUCUAUCUCUCAUGGAAGAGUGGCCCAGCAGAGGUAAAACAUUGGAAAGACAUGAUGAGUCGUCCGCGCACUGCUGUUGCCCAAUGGCACGCUCUCAAAGCUUGAAGGACCCGCCCACCAAAAUUUGUUUAUGGAGAUUCUUUCUUUAUUCACUGCUUUUAUUUUUUCCCACCAAAAAGAGGCUAAGCACUGCCAAGAAGACUGGGAGAGAAAGUCUUGCAUAACUGAGGUAAACAGACUCGUUUUCCUUGAGAAAAAGUUUGACAACUCGACUGUUCUCUGAACAGCUGGACCGCGGAACAGGGUGACUUCUAUCAACUUCAAUCGCU